ACUGAAGUGUCGUGAGAGUGGCGGGUUUUUCGCUUGCUGUCUGUCUCAGCAGCCGGGGGUGCCGAAUGGGGUCGGUCUGUGUCGAGGAGCUGCUGGAGGAUCUCAAGGUCUUCGGGGUGGGCUAUGAAGAAGAGGCGGUGCCUGACAAACUGGUUGAACUAUGCAUGACGCACAGACUGGCACAGAGUGACUUGGCUAAUGAAUUAGUUGCCUUCAGUACAACUAAAGAAGAUGGGUCUCGUCUCACUGUAGACAUCCUGAAUGUCUUUGAACAUGAAGUACUCAACAAAAGAGUUACUAAAGCUCAUCAAAAAAAGGACAACAGAUACUCUGGAAUCAAGGAUAUCAACACCAUUCAGGGACUCAUUGACGUAGAGGAGGAAGAGGAGAACCUCUUAGAUGCCUACACAACUCCGUCAAAAGGCUCUCAGAAACGGAACAUAACGACACCAGAGAAUCCACGGUCUAAAAGGACUUUAUCCACCCGUAGCCCCCACUUAGUUUUCUCUCCAAACAGCUUCUCACCAAGCGCUACUCCUUCUCAGAAGUAUGGCUCCCGGAGUAACCGGGGUGAGGUGGUAACCUCAUUUGGCUCUGUACAGGACACAUCCUGGAGUGGAAAAGGAGGCCAUGGAUCAAGUGUGAAGCUCUUUGGUCCACCAGAACAGUUGCUCACCAAGAGUUACAAAUUCAUGUUCCAAAAGCUUCGUGACAUCCGGGAAGUAUUGUCCUGGAAGAUAGAAGAACUCGGGGAUGCACUGAAGAAACAUUACAAGAUCGAGGAGUUCACCUCUGUGUUAGUCCCUGCACAGGAACCCGUCACUGUGCUGGGACAGAUUGGCUGUGACAGCAAUGGAAAACUGAAUGCCAAGUCAGUCAUUCUAGAAGGGGAUCGGGAACACUCUUCAGGAGGGCAAGUUCCUGUGGAUUUAUCAGAACUGAAAGAAUACUCCCUCUUUCCAGGACAGGUUGUGGUGAUGGAGAGUAUUAACAGUACAGGUGGAAAACUGGUUGCAUCUAAGCUAUAUGAGGGGGUGCCUCUUCCUUUCUACCAAUCUACAGAGCAAGUUGAUGAUUUGGAGCUGCAAAUGGUCUUGGUUGCUUGUGGGCCCUACACAACUUCUGACAGCAUCACUUAUGACCCUAUGUUGGAUCUGAUUGAUAUUAUCAACAAAGACAAGCCAGAUGUUUGCAUCCUGUUUGGUCCUUUUCUCGAUGCUAAACAUGAGCAAGUUGAGAACGGUCAGCUCAUUGGAUCAUUUGAGGAUAUCUUUAAACAUUGUCUGAAGAUGAUAAUUGAAGGGACAAGAAGUGCUGGUUCCCAGCUUGUGUUUGUACCAUCGCUGAGAGACGUGCACCAUGACUUCAUAUAUCCUCAGCCGCCUUUCAGCUAUGAGCUGUCUAAAGAUGACAAACAGCGAGUACACUUUGUGUCUGACCCCUGCACUCUGACAAUAAAUGGAAUCAUUUUUGGCCUGACUUCCACAGACCUGCUCUUCCAUAUGGGUACUGAAGAGAUUAGCAGCUCUUCCGGUGUCUCAGACCGGUUCACCCGAAUCCUUAAGCAUGUCCUGACACAGAGGAGUUAUUACCCACUCUACCCUCCCUCGGAAGAGAUGAACGUUGAUUAUGAGAACUUCUAUAAUUACGUCCCUUUGCGAGUCACCCCAGAUGUCCUCAUUGUUCCAUCUGAGCUGAGAUAUUUUGUUAAGGACGUCUUAGGCUGUGUGUGUGUGAACCCAGGACGGCUCACCAAAGGCCAGGUUGGGGGGACCUACAGCCGUCUGUACAUACAGAGGCAGGAUACAGAGGAAGAGCGAAAGAGUCCCUGCAUUGCUGCCCAAGUUGUCAAAAUCUAAAGAGACUCUCUGCACCCUGCCCUUAAAACAGAGAUGCUGGCCUUGAGUUCAGUAGCGGUUCAUAUCCAGCCUGGUUGGACGUCGGUUAGAUUUGGUCAAAAGAUGCAGGGAUGAUCUGGCGAAGGGGCUCGGAGAGCAGUGUAAUACCUCCCCUUCUCUCAGGACUGCUGUUUUCCAGAAUCUUUUGCAGAGAUUUUUGUAGCAAAUCAGACAUUGUAUUAGAGUUUAAGGCUCUUCAGCCUGUUGCAAUCAGGAAUGCAAACCUUGUUAAUGCAAAUGUGUACCUGGAGCCCUGACUUGGAUCAGCUUGUCUUCUCUUGUAAUUUGCCAAGGGGAAAGUUGUCAGCUCAUCAGAGUGAACUGCAAUUUAAAAUACACCCUGACUUUUUUCUAAAA